GGAUGGUGGAGGUGGAGGAGAAGGAGAUGAAGCACACUGCUGCCUGGCUUCGCCUAGGGCGGGUGCCGUGUCGGAAAGCAGUGAAGCAGAGUGCUCGUGUGGCAGUGUGUGCAGGCAGAGCAGCCAUGGCAGCGUGCUAGGUAGCGCUUGGGGUUGGUUUUUCAUGUUGGAAUGCUGUUUGUAGGCUUACGUGCAUAAGAGCGUGAUGGAGGAGCUGAAGAGAAUAAUUGAUGACAGUGAAAUCACAAAAGAAGAUGAUGCUCUGUGGCCGCCUCCUGACAGAGUUGGUCGACAGGAGCUCGAAAUAGUAAUCGGUGAUGAGCACAUCUCCUUUACCACGUCAAAAAUAGGUUCACUCAUUGAUGUAAAUCAGUCCAAGGAUCCAGAAGGUUUGAGAGUGUUCUACUACCUGGUCCAGGACCUUAAGUGUCUAGUCUUCAGUCUUAUUGGACUACACUUCAAGAUUAAGCCAAUUUAAAUCAAACAAACUGAAGUUUGUACUGCAGUAUCGGGGGGCGGGGGGAGGGAGGAAUGCUGUUUCAAUUCCUUGCUAUUUCUGGCCUAAAGUUUUUAUGUAUGUUAGAAUGUUUUUGGUUUUGUUUUUUUU